UGUUAGAAAACAACAAAUAUCCGUUUGACCAAAACUUGAGGAAGUGAAAUAUCUUCAAGAUCUGGUCUGGAGGAACUACACGUCUUCUUAGAACCUUCAGCACAUUUGAGUCUGACAGUUUCCGAGCUGGUGUCUGAGAAAACUAAAUUUAUUUCCAAAUUUAUCCUCACUGAUUGUCCCACAGCAAGAAAAUGGCUGAAGCUGAAGUUCUUUAUAAUAUUAAGUCCACAAGAGCGAGGGGAAACACAGAUGUGGCCACACCCUCUACAGAUGAACACAUUUAUUCCAACAUCAGUUACUCAGAAACUCAGCGACCUGGCUCCAAACAACCUGCAGCAUCAAACAGGCGAUCGGGGGUCACAUCGGAGCGAGUGGCCCUGCUGGUCCUCAGUGUUCUCCUGGCAGCUGCUGUCAUAGCUCUUGGUGUAACCCUUUAUGAAAAUACUCAAACCAAGAAGAGUCUCCAAAAGCUUCAAGAUGAGGCAAAAAAUCUCACAGAGGAAACAUGUUCGAGCUGCGAGGACGGCUGGGAGCCACAUGGAGGAAAGUGCUACUUCUUCUCCUCGGUUACUUCAACCUGGGAUCAGAGUAGAACACAAUGCAAAUCAAUGAGAGGAGACCUGGUUGUGAUAAACAGCAGAGAGGAGCAGAGAUUCCUGGAGUCUAAAGUGAGGGGAAAAAAGGACAAACCUAAUGACAUGUUCUGGAUCGGACUGACAGACUCAAAGAACGAGGGUGAAUGGCUUUGGGUGGACGACACACAACUUGAUCCAAGUUUGAAGUUUUGGUAUGACGGCCAGCCAGACAACUGGACAGGGGAUAAUCCUGAUGGAGAGGACUGUGUGAGGAUGGGGGAGAAAGACGGACCCACGGACCUGAAGACCUGGGUCGAUAGAUCUUGCAAAUCGGAUCAAAAAAGUAUUUGUGAGAAACCAGAAAAAGCCUGAGCCUGAAUCCAGUUGGAUCAGAUUGAGCUCGAGUCCUCAGCCACUUUCACAAACUGAGAUAUGAAGCUUUAUUAAUGAAGAUCUUCUCCAGACAUAAACAACUUUGAAUAAUAUCUAGAGUCUCAUAUGUUCUUCAGUUUCCUUGUUAUUUUAAAGUGACGUCUACUCCUCCCUCAUAUAAAAUCUAUGAAUAUUAAAAAAUUAUACAUAAUAUCUGCUUCUUUCCUGUUGAGUCUAUUUAUUAUUUAUGAGUGUUUUUCUGAGAAACUAGAGAUUGAGACCAUCUUCUCUCUACUGACCUGGAGUCAGUUCUUAUUUACACUCAAUAGUUUUAUCUUAAAACAUGAAUGAAGAAAUAUGGUUUCACUGCGGGUGAGGCAGAGAUCCAAGUCUUUCUCUAUCCGGAGAGAUGGGAAGGAAAAUCAAACAUAACUUUUCAAAACUUUCUUCUUUAUUCCAAAUAAAAUGACGCAGAUCUCAGGUCAGAACUGAAAGUGUUGACAUUCAACCGACUGAAAGGAAACAAACAAUAAAACAUGAAUGUGCAGCGACUGGAGAGAAGUUAACUGCGUCAGAACCGGAAGUCUUGAUGAAGAUGUCUCUUCUUCACAGUUUCUAUCAGAAAGAAUGUCUUUAACAACUAGAACAAGAACAUGUGGACGUGGUGUCGUCUGUUGUCCGUUGGGCCGAAGCUCUGCGACCUUCUGUCCUGCAGCUCUCGGACUGGGAGGAGUCGAGCGAGCAUGGCCUCCAUGGUGUCCCCAUCCAGUGGGGAAGAGGAGAACCAGUGGGGGCUGCUGGGAACACAGCAGCGAUCUGGCCGAAGGAAAAACAAGUCGCUGCGCUGCUUCACCGACUCAGAGCUGAAAGGAAGCAGAGGAAGACGUUUACAUUUCAGACAGGUCGUUACAUCUGAACUGCUCAGGCGUCCUCUACUUAAAGUGUGAGUCAGACACUCACCACAUGGAGAGGUAGAACUCAUAGAGUCUGACCGGGCAGUGGAGCGGGUUCUCCAGGUUCUCCAUCAUCUCCAGGACAUUCUCCACGUUGUCUUUCUUGCGUUUUUUAGCAGGAACUCCGUCUGUGUCAGAUAAACAUGACAAAGCAAACACAAGAGGAGGUAAUGAGAUGUGAUCUUCUUCAUCACUGUUCUAUCUUCACAGUCGUGUUGGUACCUGGCUGAGCUUCAGUGGAUGUGGGCGGGUAGAAGCGCAGGGAAGUGGUCCGGGUGUGGUUCAGGUUGGUUCUGGUGCAGCAGGUGAGCUGGGUGAAGGACAGCUGGCGGUGCUGCUCCACUGUGGUGAAGCCAAAGUACUUGCAGCAGAAGAAGAGUAGGGUGUUGAGGAGGACGAUGGGGGAGUACGCCCCCAACUGUUUACAGUCCCAAAGAAACUCCUCCUCCACACGGGACUGGACGUAACCUGCCGGGGAGAACAAACAGGAUCUCUGAGCAGAUCCGAGUUAAUCUGAGACAGAAAAGAAAAGAUAAAGACCUGGACCUGGACUCACCAGCGGCUGGGACUGAGGGUUUGAGAUGUCGGAGGAUCUUGGUGAACUCAGUGUUGAACUGGCUGUAGAUCACGUCACUGAAUAUGUUCUCCAUGCGAUCGUUCUCAAACAGAAACUGACCAACGACAAAACAGAACCAUGGAGCAAAACAAAUGGUAAAUGGAUUGUGUAGAUUUUGUGCUUUUCUAGUCUGAUGUUUUCACAAAACUUGGAAGGAUGAGACAUGGACCAAGGAAGAUCUCUUAUGACUCAGAUCUGGACAAAGAAGUGGAUCCAGGACCUUCUUUGAUUUAGAGACAUAUUUAACAUUUUCACUGAUUUCCCAGAGAAUAAUUUAUGGAUGUUGAAGAGAUCUUUUUUCAUCAUUUGUGUUCUUAUACUUUAUUAUCUUCAUAAUAAAUGUUUCUCUUUCACAAA